AAGCGUCCUAAGCUGACGUCAGCCCGGUACAGAUGAACAACCGGUAGCAUUGAAAGGAAAAAAGCUUCACAGCAGACCUUUGUUUUCCUUUUGUUCUUUUAUUAAACAUUUAAACACCAUGCCUUUCGAUGUCAGGAGAUUUGAUAUCUACAGGAAAGUGCCCAAAGAUCUCACCCAGCCAACAUACACAGGAGCUUUCAUAUCCAUCCUCUGCUGUGUCUUCAUCCUCUUCCUUUUUCUGUCGGAGCUGACAGGAUUCAUAGCCACUGAAAUUGUAAAUGAAUUGUAUGUGGAUGAUCCUGAUAAAGACAGUGGUGGGAAGAUAGAAGUGAGUUUAAACAUCAGUUUGCCAAACUUGCACUGUGAUUUGGUGGGUUUGGACAUCCAGGAUGAGAUGGGCCGCCAUGAGGUCGGUCACAUCGACAACUCCAUGAAGAUUCCUCUCAGUCAGGGCGGAGGCUGUCGCUUUGAGGGAGAGUUUACCAUCAACAAAGUUCCUGGGAACUUUCAUGUGUCAACACACAGUGCCACAGCGCAGCCCCAAAACCCUGACAUGACUCACACUAUCCACAAGCUGGCCUUUGGAGAGAAUUUACAAGUACAAAAAGUCCAAGGAGCUUUUAACGCUUUAGGAGGUGCAAACAGAUUAUCAUCCAAUCCKCUGGCCUCACACGACUACAUCUUGAAGAUCGUGCCCACCGUGUAUGAAGACCUGUCGGGCAAACAAAGGUUCUCCUACCAGUAUACAGUAGCCAACAAGGAGUAUGUUGCUUACAGCCACACAGGCAGGAUUAUUCCAGCCAUCUGGUUCAGGUACGACCUCAGUCCAAUCACAGUCAAAUACACGGAGAGACGGCAGCCCUUCUAUCGCUUCAUCACAACGAUUUGUGCCAUCGUUGGAGGGACGUUCACAGUGGCAGGAAUCAUCGACUCCUGUAUAUUUACUGCCUCGGAGGCCUGGAAGAAGAUCCAGAUAGGAAAGAUGUCAUGAGGACUGCCUCCUGGUUGGUUUGUCUAUUUAUAAAAGCGAGGUUUGCUAGCCUGAUAGCUAAAUCCAGUCCUGAAUGAAAACAAACUUCUCAUUGAGUUUGACGAGGAGCCUCCAGCACGAGAUCUAACUACCAGGCUGCGCAUCUUUUUUUUUUUUUUUUUAACUGAAGGUCCUCUCCGGCUCCAUCUGCUCUGCUGACGCGUGGUCGCUGACUAAACACGUCUGCUUCCUCCAUCAUCGGUGUCAGGAGAGGAGAGGGAAUCUCUUGUUACUGAAAGAAUUGAUUUUCUUUGUUUUUUAAGAACUGGGUGCCAGGAACUCACCAGUCUGGAAGGCGGCAUUCUUUACAAUGAAGUUCAUGUUUAUAGAAUAUUAAGGGUUUGAUUUGAUGCUACCACUUAGUUUUGUACAGAACAUUACUUUAUGUUCAGUUCCAGGAAUACUUUUCACUUACCUAAUUCUCAACAAAUGGCAUCGAUUAAUUCAGUGUAAAAAAAAACGUUCUCCAACGGGUUCGUUUUCUUGGUCUUUUUAUACCAAAUACUUCAUCAGAACAGUUAAAUCCCACCAGCUUGGACUCUUUCUGGUUUAUUUCAGUGAUUUGGGGGAGAGAAUUAAAUUACACUAUGAUUUGAUUCAGUUCCUUUAGAUCUUGUACGGCCCAUCUCAGAAGUUCAAAAGGUAUGUCCAAACAAUUUUUAUUUUAAAUGUAGUGGGGACACUAACCCCUUCACAAAAAAUGAUCAUGACAGCUAUGGGCCUUUUGUCCUCUUCUCUAAAAACGUCAAAAAUACAUCUUUAAUUUGAAGGGGUACAUUUAAAAACAUUUACAAAGAAUGUUAAAACCACCCCCUUUUCUAAAUAUUUAAAAAAAUAUUUUAUUUGCUUGUUGAUGUGUACUUUUGAGAACAAAAACCCUAAUUACAAAUACCCAAAACUGGAAAUAAAAAGACUAAAAAUGAGUGUGAGUAGUCAACUAUGGAUAAGAGUCAUACUCCAAGAACAAACACGUCACAAUCCACCAGUGUGGCACCUCUCAAAGACCUUCAGUGUACACAGAAGGAAAUAUUCAUCCUAACAGAUAAUCAAGCUAUUAGAGCUCUCAGAGGGCCACACUUUACAUCCGUGUUGACUUGGGAGUGUGCCGAAGCAGUCAACCAACUGAGCAGAGAUAACAGGGUUACAGGACAUACUGGCAUUAAUGGUAAUGAGAGAGCUGACUCUUGCAUAAGCUGGCAGUCAGGCCCACUUCAAAGGACUGUUGUGGGUAUUUCAACAACAGUCUGUAGGACAGCCCUACAGGUCUAGAUUAGACGUCAACGCUCAAGCCGCUGGAAGGAAUUGAAGCACUGCAAACAGGCACAGGAACUGAUUAACGGCCCUAAUCUAAGGUUUGGGAAAGCUCUCACCUCCUUGACAAGGAAAACUUUAAGCAAACUGGUUGGAGUUCUAACUGGGCACAACCUGUUCAACCACCAGAUGACUGUGAUGGGACUCCAUGACAGCGGUCUGUGUGAUGCCUGUGGCAUUGACUUGGAUACGUCUUUGCACUACUUGGACCACUGCCUGGCCCCUGUCAGUCAAAUGAAAAGAAUUCUUGGGGACCACUUUGUAGAUCCUGAGUGUUUCUAACCUUGUGUGCAUCUGAGGAUGAUUAAAACAUCUUUGUGGGAAGAGCAAUGAGCCCACUUCCUAGGCCUCCGCUCAUAUGGGUUCUUUAUCCAUCUCCAUUCACCAAACCAGCACAUCCUGCAGGAGUUCACAUCAAAAUACUCGUAACUUUUUCUGUUCAAGCCACUGUGGUCACAAGGUCUGAAGAACCCGGUUUCUCCAUUUAAAAGUGUUCUUUUUUCUUUGUUGCAUCAGUUUUUCUGACAUAAGGGUACCAAAGUUAUUAGUGCUGUGUAGCUUUUGAACAGUGUCACUUUGUGUCAACUUAACUAGGUUUUUCUUAGUUAUGACUCACAUUCAAAACGGAACAAAAACUUGCUUUCUGUGUGGAGCUCAGGUUGUAAAACACCUGUGAGCUGUGUGUCAUCCUCCUUACGGAGUACCUUAUCAAGGGUGGGUUUUUUUUCACAGAAACUGAAAAUAAAAGCUGUAAAAGCGUGCUGCGUAAGAGUCGGACUUUGAACCCAGACCCUUCUCCUUUCAGCUGGCGGCCCGAGCCGGCGUUCUCUGCAGGCUGUUGUCUGAAGUGAGCAUGCAGGACGGCUCGAAGCUGUCAUCGCGCUUACGUCCACCUCUGAUAAGAGGUGUUCGGUGUGACUCACACCUCCUACAGCCCUCUGUUUACCUUCGUCACUUGUUAGCCGUGCCGCAGCCAUCUCUGUUAAAACGACACAGAUGGCACAAAAACAUUUCACCUUUGUUGGGCGAGGGGGGACGAAUGUAAAUAUGUGCUUAGUAAUCAGACAUGAGAGGAUAAAUUCUUUAUUUCUUCCUGUGUGAGUCUUAACUUGUACAAAUAAAAAGAAUACUCAAUAAAAAGAUAAAAAAUA